AUGGCGACGGCGGCCACGGCGUCCGCGACGGCGGCGACCCGCUUCACGCUCCUAGCGUGCGCGGGCCUCCGCAGCCGCAUCAGCCGCCGCCCCACCGCCGUGCGGUUCCAGCGCCAGCGGGGGCUCACCACCACCGCGCUCCUAAAGACCGCCGACCUCCUACCCAAGGCGCAGGGCCAGCCCGAGACGCUUGACUACCGCGUGUUCCUCGUCGACGGCGGGGGCCGGAAGGUGUCGCCGUGGCACGACGUCCCGCUGCGCGCCGGGGACGGGGUGUUCCACUUCGUCGUCGAGAUCCCCAAGGAGAGCAGCGCCAAGAUGGAGGUCGCCACCGACGAGGCCUUCACGCCCAUCAAGCAGGACACCAAGAAGGGCAACCUUCGAUACUACCCGUACAACAUUAAUUGGAACUAUGGGUUACUUCCUCAAACAUGGGAGGACCCGACUUCUGCAAAUUCUGAUGUUGAAGGAGCAUUUGGGGAUAAUGAUCCUGUUGAUGUUGUUGAGAUAGGUGAAAGGCAUGCCAAUAUCGGGGAUGUUCUUAAGGUUAAACCAUUGGCAGCUUUAGCAAUGAUUGAUGAGGGGGAGCUUGACUGGAAAAUUGUGGCCAUUUCUUUGGAUGACCCGAAAGCAUCUCUUGUGAAUGACGUGGAUGAUGUUGAGAAGCAUUUUCCAGGGACACUGACUGCCAUCAGAGACUGGUUCAGAGACUACAAGAUACCUGAUGGAAAGCCUGCCAACAGAUUUGGUCUCGGCAACAAGCCCGCAAGCAAGGAAUAUGCCCUGAAGGUCAUUGAAGAGACCAACGAAUCAUGGGAGAAAUUGGUAAAGAGGAAUAUUCCCGCUGGAGAGCUCUCGUUAGCCUAA